GACCACGGGCAUGAGCAUGAGCAUGGGCAUGAGCAUGGGCAUGAGCAUGGGCAUGAGCAUGGGCAUGGGCAUGAGCAUGAGCAUGAGCAUGCACAUGCGCAUGGGCAUGGGCAUGGGCAUGAGCACGGGCAUGAGCAUGAGCAUGGGCAUGAGCAUGAGCAUCAAGAGAGAGAGAGAGAGAGAGAGAGAGAGAGAGAGAGAGAGAGAGAAGUUCCAAGUAUAAAUGCCUCUCUCCUCCAUUCAGUCCCUCAUUAUUCAUUUCUGUUUUGGUGUGUCUCCUUCCCAC